UUUCGCCUUGUUGUGUUUAGUGUCUGUGACAUAUGGUGGUAGCUAACCUCAAAAUUAAAUUUGAAAAAAAAUGUCUAUAAAAACGAAAGAAGUCCUCAAAGACGACAUCGUCCAAGCCGUGGUGGUGGCGGACACUUUUGGCGACGAAUUCUUACCGAUUUCGUCCGAUAUUCCUCUGGCUCUCUUCCCCCUAAUUAACAAGCCUUUGAUUGACUACACGUUAGAAUUCUUGUCGUUUGGAGGAAUCGAGGAGACUUUCUUGUUCUGUUGCUCCCAUACAGAAGCCAUAAAGUCUCACAUUAACCAAGGUAUUAAAGACGGGGCUGAAUGGAGCUUAACAAUGAAGGUGAACGUCAUAGUGUCAGAGAGCUGCCACUCAUUUGGGGACUGUCUCAGAGAUUUAGAUAGAAAGGGGAUUUUACGGGGUAGUUUUGUCUUGUUGGAACCUGGAACUCUCUCUAAUAUAAAAUUGUUGCCAAUUAUACGUAAACAUAACGAGAUUGCCAAUAAGGAUAAGGGGGCUGCCAUGACGCUUAUUUUUCAAGAGUCAGGGAUUGGGCAGAUGGGCCGUGACCCUAAUGAAGAAGCCGUGGUAGCUGUAAAUAGUAGCAAUCGGAUUUUGUUCCACAGAAAAAUGGGUCAGUCAAGAGAGAGAAAAAUAGAAUUUCCUUUAGAAAUAUUUCUAGAUAAUUCCAGCGUGUCGCUACACCAUAAUUUGAAAGACACACAUAUAGCUAUUUGCUCUCCUUCAGUACUACCCCUAUUUUCUGAUAAUUUUGAUUUUCAAACAAAAGACGAUUUUGUUAAAGGGUUGUUAAUGAAUGAGGAAAUUCUCGGCAGUACGGUGUACUGCCAUAUUACUAAGGGUAAUAAUUAUGGGGGCGCGGUCACCGACUGGCGCAUGUACCAAGCCGUGAGUCGGGAGUUGCAAAACAAAUGGAUCUACCCUCUACAACCAUCAGUUCUUAGAAAUAACAUACUAAAAAAUGGUGUUAUUGUUGGAAAAGGUGUUCACAUUAAAGAUAAUAAAAAUAUUAUUAAUAGCGUCAUAGGUGAUAAUGUCCACAUAGGUGAAAAUGUACAAAUUCGGGAUAGUUUUAUUUUCUCUAAUACGAAAAUUAAUGAUGGCGUUAUUGUCACUCAUAGCGUAAUAGGGCCAAAUUGCGAAAUUAAAUCAAAAACUAAAAUUACAGUUGGUAGUAUUAUUGGUAAGGGUGUCACCUUAGAAAAAGAGCACCUGAUUGAAGAUACUCUUGUUCAAGCCACAGAACCCGAAAAUUGUGACCCUAAAGACAAACUAGACAAAAAAGCCUUUAGAUUAAAAGUCACUGGUACCGAAGACGACUUAGGCAAGAUUUUAUCGAAAAAACUCUCCAGACUCCACAUUGAAGACAACCGACCGGAAGAAUCCGACGACGACGCAUUUUCAGACAGCGAGGACGAAGAACUCUCCUACACGCAGUCUCCGGUUCCUGAUGAUACGAAACUGUUCUUUACUGAAGUAAUAGACAGCUUGACUCGAGGUUUUGAAGAUGAAUUACGGUGCGAGCACCUGAUUCUCGAAAUAAAUUCGUCGCGUUAUGCGUAUAACGUAACAGUGAGAGAGGUGAAUUUCAACGUAAUAAAAGCUAUUUUGCAUAUGUCGUUGAGGCUCUCUACUGGACCUCAGUAUUUCUCUCAGUUUGUUCGUUUGCUGUCAUACUUUGCUCCAGUCCUGAAGAACUACAUACGUAACGACGACGCCAUGUUGGAUACUCUGCAAGCAGUAGAGGAUGUAGCAAUCUCGAAUGAAAACGUAAACGAAAAGUGGGUUAUGUUUGUUUUAAAGUGGUUUUAUGAUAAGGAUUACAUCAGUGAAGAUGUCAUUUUGGAGUGGUCGAAAACUCUAGAUGCGAAGAGCCGUUUUUAUGCACAGGUUAAGCCGUUCACUGAUUGGUUGGAGGAGGCUGAAGAGGCGUCGUCGUCGGAUGAAGACUAACAUACUGUUUAAGUGUAUAAAUAAAAAUUUUUCUACUA